AUGAAAUAUCGAAUCGAUGAGCUCGCUUCAAAGACCAAAAUACCAAUGACAGACAGAGAUGCGAGCUUUAGAGGACGCUCUAAAAUAUCUCGGCAUGGACUAUGGGAUAGUGCAGAGAAAUCGGGAUUUUCGAAUUCUCAAAAUUCGCUUCCUGCAAGGAUUACGGGUGCUUUGAGUCAGGAACAAAUUGUUGCUUACCAAGUUAUGUUUCGCAUCCAAGAGAUUACCACCAAACUGAGGCUCAACUUGGUGAAUCCACCGGCUCGUCGCAGUCGAUCUGUAUCUCCUCCUCCUGUUUACGAUGCACGAGGGAAGAGAACAAAUACUCGAGAACAGCGCUAUAAAAGACAAUUGGAAGAUGAAAGACACCGCUUGGUGGAGAUAGCUUUGAAAAUGAUUCCACACUUUGUGGCCCCCGAUGACUAUAAGCGGCCCACGAAGUUUCAGGACAAAUAUUAUAUUCCGGUUCAAAAUUAUCCAGAGAUCAACUUUAUGGGGCUUCUUUUGGGACCUAGAGGUAACACAUUGAGGAAACUACAGGAGGAUUCUGGUUGCAAAAUAGCUAUAAGAGGACAAGGUUCGGUGAAAGAGGGUAAAAGUGCUUCUGAUCUCCCGAAGGGUGCCAUGAACUUCGAAGAACCCUUGCAUUGCAUAAUUAGUGCCGAUAGCGAAGACAAGAUUCAAAAGGGUAUCAAGGCGUGCGAGGGGGUGGUUGUAAGGGCAGUAACCUCUCCAGAAGGACAGAACGAACUCAAACGGGGGCAAUUACGAGAACUCGCUGAACUCAAUGGUACUUUGCGUGAGGAUAGCAGGCCGUGCCCCAUUUGUGGUUUACGCGGUCAUCGAAGGUUUGAGUGCCCAGAUAGAACGACUUUUUCACAACAGAUUAUCUGUCAAAAGUGCGGACAAUCUGGUCACGUCAGCAGGGACUGUACUUCUGGGCAAAUCGAAAGCUCUUCCCGGAACGACUUUACUAGUCCAGCAAUGCUAUAUCAAAGAAAUUCAGAGGUUAGCACGAAAAGAUUUCUCGCUCAGGAUGACAUGAAUGGUCAAAGAGGCUGGAAAAGACUCAACACUGGCUUUAACGAAGAUCACGACAAUUACCAAAACAGAAAUCCUCAAGCAGCAGAUAAAUGGCCCAGGCAAGGAAGAGAAUCAGUCGUGGGUGAGGCGAAUGCUCGCUCAAAUGCAGAAAAUAGAGGCCCCCCAGGUAUUGAAAGCUAUUCCUCAUCAUACCAGCCUUCAUAUAAGGACGCGCCUGCCGUUUUUGGCCAACAAGCGCUACAAGGUGCCGAUCCGCUUCAUGCAGAUAUCGCUGCGCCAACCUAUGCGCAGAUUAAUAGCCAGACUGAGGCUACAAACACCUUAAUUGCGGAAAACCAACACGCAAAGAGCGCCACAGCCGAGCCAGUGACGGGGCCUCUUGGCACUUCAAUGACUGGCCCCCCCGGUGUGUCAAUUAUGGGGCCACCUGGCGUGUCGAUGAAUGGUCCCCCGGGUACUUUAUCCAGCGCUAACAUCAAUUACAAUGCACCACCAGGCAUGGCCAGCGCGUCACCUCCCUCCAUAGGUCCUCCAGGCUUCUCCAUAGAUCCGCCACCGUUGUCUAAGAGCCCUGAACUUUCUUCGGCAUCAAUGCUGCCGCAAAACCCAAGUGGUCCCCCGGGAAUUUCAGGACUGACCAAUAUAGCUACACCCCCUGGGUUUGAAGGCUCCCCUGUUGCUCCACCGGCACCGGAAGAGAACAAAGAUAGUCGGAAGAAUAUUUCGGGCCCCCCAGGCUUAGGCCUUUAG